AUGAGCGACGUUCAUGCGUCCGACUUCACAGAAGGCCAACAGGCUCGCAAGUGGUGGAGCGACGCUGGCGACUUGAGUCUAUUGACUCAAGUUAACAUCGACCUGCCCUUCAAGCAAGCGAAGAACGCGAUGAAAGCAAGUGGCUUGGACGGCAAGAAGGCUUCCAGCCGCUUCUACCAGUUGAUACGAGUACACAAGAAGUUUCAAGAAAGCUCAAAGUACCUCUCCGGCGUUGAACAAGACGAGACAGGCAAGAUCAUCCUUCUGGAUGAGCUUGUCCAGCUCUUCGAUGAAGCCUGCGUCCAGCGCCAAGCAGAGCGAACAUCCUCGGCUGCCAAGGCAGCAGAAAAGGAGGCGGCUGCAGGAUUUGUGCGGGACCAAUGUUGCGUGGACGUCGCCAUUUUUGAGACUCAAGCACGUGAAAUCGCCCUUGAGCAGGAACGCCUCGAGUUCAAGAAGUACAAGUUCGAAAUGGAGCUCAAAGAACGAGAAAUGGAGCUCAAAGAACGAGAAAUGGAUAGACUUGAGCGAAUUCAGCAACGUGAGGACGACAGAAAACGAAAUGACGACAUGAUGCAACUCAUUUGUUUAACCGCUAAUUAA